UUCAUUUUUGAAUGAGCUCCUGCAUUCUUCGGUUCUAUUCUACUCGAUGAAUUUUUCUUUUUAACUGAAUUAUUUAUCUGUACACUAAACUUAAUCUGCUGCUGACGCUCAUCAUCAGUGUUAUUAGUGGAAGUUGUGUGUUUUGUCUCUGUAUUUUUCUUGUUAUGAUCAUGUUUGUUUUUCGGGGUUUUCUCUUUGGCCUCGUAGUCAUUUUCACGUCGGACUUUGGCUUUGCUGUUCCAAUUUACAAAACAUUUGGUGGCUCAGUUGUCCUGCAUCCGGGUCGUACGUCUGGUCCCAUCACUAGUGUAACCUGGAAGCACAAAACGGACCUCGCCUUGGAGUGGUUCGGAAAUGGAAUCACUUGCUACAGAACCUUUCAGGGUCGAUGUGAUUUGAACAAACAAACUGGAAGUUUCAGCAUCACAGAUCUGACCUCAGAGGACAGUGGCGAAUACACACCUGAGAUGAACAACCUGGUUGGCAGAACGAUGGAACUUCAAGUUAUCAAACCGGUCCCAAAACCCACAGUGUCCAUGAACUGCAACAGUGAAAAAACCGUCUGUAAUCUCAUCUGUGAAGCCAACAUUAAUGCUGAGUUUGGACCUGUCACUUAUACAUGGAAAUCAGGAGACACAGAGUUGUCCAUUGACAAGGAGCUGAACAUAACAGCGAAAAAUGAGGAGAGCUCCUACUACUGUAUGCUGCUAAACCCUGUUAGCAACUCGACCAGUGAUGAGAUCUCUGACCCUAUUAGCAGAGGGAAUAGUACUGCAGGAGUGGCUAUUGGGGUGGUGGUUGUUUUGCUCCUCUUGAUUGCGCUUGGAAUUGCUGCCUGGGUGAUGUAUAAAAGAUAUCCCAGAGUGAGGGAAAUGUGGCCUUUCAAGUAUAUUUCAAAGAAUAAAAAUAAUGCUGCACCUGGAAGUGCUCAAGAUGAUACUGCACUUGAAGAAGGACAAAAUUUGCUCAAAGUUCCUCAAACCACAGAUGAGAAUAAGUCCAAGGGUAAAGCAGCGCUCAAUGGAUAUCAGCCUGUAAACAACGAUGUAAUGAACAAUAUCCAUCAGACAGUUGUUUCAAUAGAGCAGCAGCAGCAGGAUUCACCAGCAGAACAAGACAGUGACAAGGAAGGAGAAUCAGGACAGAAAUCCAAACCUGAGGAAACCGAACCGACUGCUGAAGGACCUGAGGAUAAUUCAACGGGUGAAGAAGCGUUCAAUAGAGCUAACGUGAACGGAGAUGAAAUGAACAAUAUUGAUCAGACAGCUGAGCAACAGCAGCAGGAUCCACCAGCAGAACAAGUCAGUGACAAGGAAGGAGAAUCAGGACAGAAAUCCGAAUCUGAGGAAACCGAACCGACUGCUGAAGGACCUGAAAAGCUGAAUGACCCAACCUGUGAUCUACCUGUUGACUCUCAACCUGAACCUGGGUCCAGUCAAGAAUCCAAUCUGGACCUAUCUGCUGUGAGUCCAGAGCCCAGCUGUCAAACUGAGGAUAAUUCAACGGGUGAAGAAGCGUUCAAUAGAGCUAACGUGAACGGAGAUGAAAUGAACAAUAUUGAUCAGACAGCUGAGCAACAGCAGCAGGAUCCACCAGCAGAACAAGUCAGUGACAAGGAAGGAGAAUCAGGACAGAAAUCCGAAUCUGAGGAAACCGAACCGCCUGCUGAAGGACCUGUUUCAAUAGAGCAGCAGCAGCAGGAUCCACCAGUAGAACAAGACAGUGACAACGAAGGAGAAUCAGGACAGAAAUCCGAAUCUGAGGAAACCGAACCGACUGCUGAAGGACCUGACACUCUACAAACAGAGACUUCACUACCAAAGUCAACAAGGGAAGAUACGCAUGACACAGAUUCUGCAGAAAGCUGAAACUCUUCAUCUGUGUGCAUCAGCUGUGAGCUGCUGCUCUCUGGGAAGAUGUGAAUUUCCUUAAUGCUGUUGGACUUACAUUUAUUGAAUAAGCUGACAUUUCAAAUGUGGAAUCUGAGUGACAGAAGUGACAGUGACAGGCUUGGUGGACAGUAUGUCUGAGAUUUGGAUCAGGAAAGGAAUGAACUCGGAAGAUACCACAGACUCUAAUCAUGUUCAACAGCAAUAACUUAUGAGAUUUUUUUCUUUAUUAAGUUUUAUCCCUUCCAGAUUUGGACCAAUUUAUCAUGCGUUGGCUAUAUCAGUAUAUCUUCUGCGAACCUUAAUUUUUCAUGUGUGUUUUACUGUUGGAGAGACUCUGGCUUUAUUAUUCUGUAUAUUCAUCUCUUUUUUGCAUAUGCUUCCUCUUUUCCAUCCAAACUUACGGUUCGGAUGUUGAUGAGAAAUCAAGACAAUGACCAGUUUGAGACUCUAGUUCCUAAUGUGGUGCUGCUGAAUUGGAUUUAGUUUUUUUCAGUUUAGUUUAGCUUUUUUACUUUAGAUUGGGAAAUGAUGGCAAAUGAACUGAGAUAAACUUGAAUUCCUACAUAAUGUGUUUGAUGACCUUUGAUGGAGUUUUACUCUAAUUAUUAAACUGUGCCAUCAUAAACAAGAAAUGGAGAUACUAAAGAGACAAUCAAACAUGCUUUCAAACUUCAUGUGAAGAUUUAAAUCUAUAAAAAAACUUUUUUCAGCAUGGAUGUGGCAGUGUGUGGCAGCUGAAUUCACUGCAUCACCACUAGAGGACAGUACUCCACUUGUUACAACUAAAAUGUAUUUUUAGUAGGAAAAAAGGCAAAAUAAAAUCACUAACUGUAAAUACACUGUACAGUUUGUUUAAAUAAAAUUAUUUAUUUGCCACCAAAAUACUUUUUCUUCUAAAUGAUAAUCUUGUGACAUUUAAAUGAGUCAAAAUGACAAGACAGGUGUUUGUAUCCUGGUAAAGCAGGUAUAUGUUGCACUUUCUUGUGAUUUGUGUUGUUUAAUGAAUGAAUAGAGACAGACUGAGUCAUGUUUGCUCAUUUUUAUGUCAUAUUAUGAACAGGGCCUGAUUAACACUUAGCUGUAGCCUGGGCAACAAUGUUCAAUCAUCAUGAGCCAAGGAUCACCAUAAUUUGGCAAA